CCUUUGUUGUACGUCACUUAACAUUCUCCGCUUCUGCUUCGGCGGUAGCUCACUACCGAAAAGAUGGCAGAACGUAAGGUGUUAAACAAAUACAUUCCACCGGAUUUCGAUCCAAGCAAGAUCCCAAGACUUAAAAAGGGAAAAGAUCGUCAAGAAGCGAUUCGAUUGAUGGCACCUUUUAGUAUGAGAUGUAACACAUGCGGAGAUUACGUUUAUGCAGGUAAAAAGUUUAACGGAAGAAAAGAAACGGUUCAAGGAGAAGUCUAUUAUGGCAUCAAAAUUUUUCGUUUUUAUAUUAAAUGUCCGACAUGUUCAUCAGAAAUCACAUUCAAAACGGAUCCGAAAAAUACAGAUUAUACCAUCGAACAUGGCGCAUCGCGGAAUUUUGAGCCAUGGAGAGAAACAAAGGAAGGCACAAACGAAAAGGCGGAAGAAGAAGAUCCUUUGUCUCGUAUUAUGAGAGAAGAAGGCGUAGAGGAGAGUGAUGAAGAUGAAGAUCCGAUGAAAGCAUUGGAAAAAAGGCAACAAGAGGCAAAGCGGGAGAUGGAAAUUAUGGACGCUUUGCAAGAUAUCCGAACACGAAAUGCCCGCAUAGACAGAGUUGAUACAGAUGAAAUACUUGCCAGACAUCUGCAGAAAGGCAAAGAGAAGGAAACUAAACAGAGGACGCUGGACGAUGAGGAAGAUGAGGCUUUGGUGAGAAAGUACUUUGGCAAAGAUAUGGCAGCCGCACCAGCCCUCUCACAGGACAAUGGCAAGAGACCUCAUGAUGAAAAGAGCGAAGAAGAAGCCUCUCCUAUCACUGGAAUUUCUGUGAAAAGAGCUAGGACGCACCUCAAUGGUACCGAUGCUGGAGGUGAAGACAACGAUGAAAAAGAACCUGAAGUUUUGUCGUUACUGUCAGAUGCAAAUCGUAACCAAUUGUCUUCGGGAUCAUCAAAAACGGCAUCUUUCGCCUCCUCUGUGCCUGGUAAGUCAUCAAUACCUACCGCUUCAGCAAAAAGAAAGAAGGGUAGUAGCAUCUUUGGCAUAGUGAAAAAGAAGACAUGAACAAUGUCCCUUUUGUAAAUUAUACUGUACAACAAAUACUCUCAUUGUAUUAUUAUAUGACAAAUUCUUAUACCACACAAACUUUGAAACAUAUAUAAG